AUGUUUGAGAAUUUACGUACAAAUAUUGACGACGAUGAGCGCGAGGGAAGACCAUCAACUGCAACAAAUUCGGAAAUCGCUGCUCGCGUGAAUGAAUGCAUUCUUCUAAACAGACGCACAACGAUAGACGAAAUCUUAGAUAAACUGGAUAUUUCUCAUGGAAGUGGGCAUAAAAUUAUUGCCGAUCACCUUGAAUUUCGUAAAGUUUGUGCUCGAUGGGUGCCACGUCUAUUGACGGAGGAACAUAAAAGAAAGCAUUUUGAAAGUGCAUUUGCAUAUCUGCAACGUUACCAAACGGAAGGAAAUGAGUUUUUAGACAAAAUUGUGACUGGAGAUGAAACUUGGAUUCACCACUUCUCACCCAAAAUAAAACGCAGCUCGCUCGAGUGGAAACAUUGCAGUUUUCCCUGA